AUGCUGCGUGUUUCCAGAACUUUGUUUUUCACUACCAUACGUCAUGCCCAAUGCUAUCAGGCCCGCUCUUUUUGUGCCUCAUCGCUGCCCAUUUUCGAUCGCAAGUCCAAGAAGCUUCAACGUGCGAGGACCUCACUGAGAGCAAAACCGUCAUUGUAUGACUAUUUGCGUGAUGAAGCGGCUUUUCGAAUUGCGGAUCGCAUUUGUGAUAUAACUAGGGUUUUUGACAUAGCUGCUGAAGUCGGAUGUGGUAGAGGUCAUCUCAUUCAAAAUCUCACCAGUGAUUCCGUCAAGUUUUUGUACCAAUGUGACAAUUGCGUUGAGAUACUUGUUUUACGAGCGCUUAAACCUGACGGGUGUUUUUUGGGAGUUACUUUCACCACGGACACACUCUUUGAGCUACGUGUUUCCCUUCAGCUGGCGGAAACUGAGCGCCUUGGUGGUUUUUAUCCCCACAUUAGCCCCUUUGUCGAGAGUGCACGAUUCGGUGAACUUCUCCGAGAAUGCGGAUUCUCCCUCAUUUCGUUGGACGUCGAUGAUGUCGAAGUUCUCUACCCGUCAAUGUUUGAGCUGAUUGACGAUUUACGAGGUAUGGGUGAGUCCAACGCGGCCAUCAGUCGGCCGCUUCGUCUGAACAGAGAUGUCCUCUUUGCGGCCUCUUCCAUUUACGACGACCGAUUUGGCACACAGAGAGGUGAUGGAGAGGAGCGCUGUGUGCCGGCUACUUUUAGGUUCCUCUUCUUUAUCGCUUGGAAGCCUGAUCCCUCACAGGCCAAGCCAUUACCGCGAGGAUCUGGUGAGUUUUCGCUUAGGGACAUCGGCAGAUUGGACGAACUGAGCGCUGAACUUGAAAAAAGGCAUUCUAGGAAACCAGAGUAA